AUGAUCGGCAGUACGAGUCACCAUCAUGGUGCCAAGCCAUAUAGCAGCAGACACUUACUGCGUGGAUUGAAGAACACUCCACGGAAUGCCAACACCAAGCAGGGCAAACUCAAGGCAUCCCCAGAAUCCAAGUCUCCCAAGAAAGCUCCCGCGGUAGCCAAAGUGGCCAAUAGUAAGGUACCCGAACCUCGAGCACCGAAGCAGCAACAACAACAGCAACAAAAUGGCAAUAUCGAUGGAGUCAAGCCCAAAAAGCUACACGACCAAUACAAUUACUUUGUCGAAGCCUGCCAGGCAGAGCUGAUCGCGGAUGUCAUUAAUGGAGGCAUUAUCCAACACAAUCAAUACACCGGCUUCAUAUUCAAGUACUGUCGAGGCAGUGACAUUGAAGGACCUAGUUGUACUCGGGCCCAAGAAGAAGCUGGCUUUAGCAAUCUGCCAAAUGACAUUAAACUCAUGUACAUCAAGGCAUUCUGCCCGGAAGAUGUGGACGGACAAGUUGCUUGUUUGCAUGGGAUCAACGACCGAGGUCGAGAAUCUGAAUUCAACGAGGAAAUAGAUCAGCUGUGUCUGGAAUUGGAAACCUUGAUGAUCAAAAACCAGUACCUAGAAGAACCUGAAGCGCAAGUAGGAGGCACCACUACUGUGGGUGCAGUACCUUCCGCUAAUGUGUGGCAGCAACAACCCUACGACGAACCGGAAAUGCCAUAUGAACCUGGCGUGGACGCCAUCAAAGACUAUCAGACCGGAUUCAAUCCCAAUCAGAACAUCAACAUGGUAGGACAGGCUGGAAAUGACGCCGUGGUAACCACAACGGCACCGGUGAAACCUCCAACACCGAAUCCUACGCCAGAGCCGACCCCUCGACCAACAACGAAAACUCUGAAGCCAACACCAAGACCGGCAGCAGUGGACCAGCAUCCGACAAGGCCACUACCAGGGCACCAGAAUAGUCCAGGAAGUACGCCUGUCACGUGGGGAUCUGCCACAACUAUUGCCACGGCGCCUCCCGUCACCAAGACACCACGGUCAACGCCCAAACCGACUACUAUGAAUCCUCCAGGCCUUACGGUCGUGGAUGGCAAUGGCAACACCAUCAAUUCCUUUGGCGGCGGGGGCAGCAACAGUAACGACAAUGAUGCUAGUGAAGGCAUGUCCUCGGGAGGUAUCACAGCCAUUAUCUUGGUUGCAAUUUUGGGCAUUGCCAUUCUGUUCUCCUUGUUUCUCCUUUUCCAGAAACGCCGGCGACUACGCCACGACCCCAGUGGAAUUGGCCGAGACUUCUUCUUUAUGAAGUUCAAAAAGGUCAGACCUUCCGAUGAAACAGAAACUCACGACAAGACCUAUGUGAUUGAGAACAAUGGAUCCAUUGCAUCCGAAGAGAUUGACUUUCAUGGUCCUCUCUUUGAAUCAUGGCCAGUAACGAAUCAUGAUCUGGACAAGGCAGGACUGAGCCCUUUGCCCUAUAAGGACGAUGUGUCGUCGUUGCCCGAUACCCCGCGCACUCGACAUCACUCGCGUGCUGGCAGUGAAACCGCGACCGACACUGCCAGAGAAAGCGUCUUUGAAGAAGAUGAUGACGAACCAGAACCGCAAGACCCAACAGCGGAUUUGUCACCCAGUACCUACACUAGCAGCCUUUUAUCGUCGUUCUUCUCCAAGGCGGCAAACAGAGUGGAUGGAGGAAAUGCAGCAGGACAGAGCAACAACGCCGUUGAUGAAAUCAAGCGUGCUAUCGAUGGAGGUCUGUGGCAAGAUGUGUACUACCUGGCAUCCAAAAUGGCUGCAGAGGGGAACAUUGAUACCAAUGAAAACUUGCAAACUGCGUUGGUACGUUCCAACGAGGGUGGUGGAGGUGCUAACUACGCGAAGCCGAAUCCCCGAGCACAUUUGAAACCAGAAGAUGCUGCCAGGGCCGCACAACUGGACGUAUCUUUGGUUGCAGGAGACUGGAUUACAUUGGCAGCACGUGCCGCAGUCUUUGCAGCUUUGGAUUCCGCCAAUAACCCUGUCCCGUCCUGCAUCAGCUUUGUCGCAUCUGGCAAGAAUGGCGACGUCGACGAAUGCCUGGAGAAGGCAACGGCAGCGCUCAAAGAGGCACAAAAAGCAGCCAAAGCCAAAGAAGAGAUGCAACAGCGAACCUUGGCUCUAAUAGCAGCCGAUGACACUGAUUCAAAUGACGAACACGUCGUGUUCAUCAACGCAGACGAAGCGAACAGUGUUGACGACUUUGAGUAUCCAAAGGAAGACUACAGUGAUUUUUCCAGAACUAGCUCCAGCAGCGAGAGCGAACGUGGCAGCAAGUCCUCCGAGCGAAGAGGUCUUCCAGCUCCACCUUCACACCGUAGACACCCAACCAAACGUCCUCACACGUUGGUUGAGGACGUCGACGAGGACAGCAGCGAAGAAGAGGAAGAAGAAGAGACGGUGACAUCCGACACCCGGAGCAGCAUUCCAGGCCCACCAUCCAUAGCAAUGAGCAACCAGUCCACAAUACCAACACAAGCUUCAACGUCCAAAGAAGUCCCUUUUCAAUCCAUCGAAGAAGGCUCCAGAGGCCCAUUCCGCCGCGAUUUCGUCAAUGGCGGAUCCCACCCAAUGGAGCAAGAGGACGAGGACGAGCUCCCGAUCGACCCGUCCCGAGCCAUAAUGUAG